CAGGCGCCUCUUCUCUUCUCUUCCACUGUUCUGCUUUGGAUUGUAGACCUGCUAGCCGUCUCUAUUCUCUAUUCCCUUGGCUUCUUUUUUCCAUUGUGUCUCACAGUGUCAGCAUGAGCGCCAAACUGUGGACAGAGGAGCAGUUUAACUGCCCUGUGUGUCUGGAUCUCCCAAACGAUCCAGUCACCAUCCCCUGCGGGCACAGCUACUGCAUGGCCUGCAUCAAGGACUACUGGAGCAAGGACGACCCCAAGGGGAUCUACAGCUGCCCCCAAUGCCGUCAGACCUUCUGCCCCAAGCCCUCCCUGUCCAGGAACACCAUGCUGGCUGAGGCCGUAGAGCAGCUCCGCAAAGGGGCCCUCAAAGCUGAUGUGCGCGACUCCAUCCGAAGCGCCCGCGGGGUCGCCUCCUCCUCGUCGAGAUCCAAAGGGAAGCUCUCCUCCUCUGCGGUGGCGUGCGACAUGUGCAAAGGAGAACAGCGACAGGCGGUCAAGAGCUGCCUGGUGUGCAUGAGCUCAUACUGCGAGGCCCACCUGAAGCCCCACCAGACCAAGAAGGCCCUGAAGCAGCACGAGCUGAUCGCGCCCACAGGCAACCUGGCUGAGAAGAUCUGCACGCAGCACAAGUACCUGCAGGAGUUCUUCUGCCGCCAGUGCAAGUUGUUCGUCUGCUGGCUGUGCACCAGCAACCUGCACAAGGGCCACGAGUGUGUGUCCACCAAGGCCGAGCGCCUGGAGAAACAGAAAGUGCUGUCAGAGAUGCAGGCAGAGAAUCAGCAGAGGCUGAAAGACAGGGAGCAGGAGCUGAAAGACAUGAAGAAGAUGAUGGAGGUGAUGAAGCGUUCCGCAGACAGGGUCCAUGAGGACACGGAGGACGUGAUGUCAGAGCUGCAGCGCUCUGUGGAGCGUCUGCAGGAGCUGCUGGAGGAGGUGCUGGAUCAGGCCAACCAGGAGAAGAUGGGCCAGGCUCAGGAGGUCAGCGACAGCCUGGAGGCUGAGAUCAAGGAGCUGAGGAAGAGGGACACGGAGAUGAAGGACCUGGCCCGGUGCGAGGACCACAUCCACUACCUGCAGACAUGCGAGUCCAUGUGCAGCCCCCUGGAGUCAGGGGACCUGCCCCCUGUGGUGGUCAAUCCAGAAGCCUCCUUUGAGCCUGUGCGAGAUGCCAUCCUGGACCUGAGGGAGCGAGUGGAGGACCUGUGCAACCAGGAGCUGGGCAAGAUAACCAAACAAGUCAAUGACACAACGCUGUUCACUUUGGGAGACGCCAACCGUAGCGCCGGACAGAAAGGAGGGAUUUUUAAAUUGUUUUCUGGUCUGGGUUCUCGCAACACAAACAGCCGUUCGCCAGCCUCCACACCCAGCAUCUCAGUCGGAGCGCGGAGCACAGACAGACGAGGACUCGGUACAGGACUCAAAAGUCAAGAUGUGAGGAGCAGAAACACACCCCGAGACAGAGGAAACACGAGCUCGCCCAGAGUGACACCCAGGCAGAGAAGAGAGGAAAGAGAGACAGUGAGGGAGGCCAACCCCAGACCCAGCCCGACACCCAGCCGCAGAGAGUCUCAGUCUCUUUGGAGCCGGUCCAGUCAGAGUCAUCCUGUCCCUGCUGUAGUCCCGAUUCCAAUACCAACUCCAAUCCCAGCCCCAGCUCCUGCCCCAGCUCCAGCUCCAGCUCCUGCACCAGCAUCAACUGGAGGUUUCAGUCGGAUGGCGUCGAUCAGCAGCCUCUUCCGCUCCCAUCGGCGUGGCACCAACCCGGCCACCCCUGUCAAUAACACACCGUCUGCAGGAGGGAACCCAUGGGGGAUGGCUGCUCUAUCUGAAACACCAACAGAAAUUAACCCCGGGCUCUUCUUGGACUCGCCCACCCCUGACGCAAUUAAUCACGCUCCCGCUUUCCCCGCACUGAGAGAAAUCAACAUCGACAGCAUCCAGGCCCCAGAGCCGAGGACCAGAGACGAGUUCCUGCAGUACGCCGUCACCUUGACCCUUGACCCCAACACCGCCCACCGACGGCUGGCUCUCUCUGAGGGCAACACUAAAGCCACCCUGCAGGGGGCUGCGCAGCCCUACCCCGACACGCCGCACCGCUUCGACGGCUGGACCCAGGUGAUGUGCCAGGCCCCGCUGUACGGCCAGCGCUGCUACUGGGAGGUGGAGUGGAGAGGCCGGGGCUCCUCCAUGGGUGUAGCCUACGGGGCGCUGAACAGGAAGGGGUCUGACGCCAGGUCGGGGCUCGGUUACAACGCCCAGUCCUGGACCCUGGAGCUGUCGGACACCUGCUGCGCAGCCAUGCACGACAAUGAGAAGAAGGACAUACCGGUCACCUACUCCCCCCGCCUGGGUAUCUACCUGGACCUGUCCAUGGGGGCGCUGGCGUUCUACAGCGUGGCAGAGAGCAUGACACACCUUCACACCUUCCGCGCCAACUUCACCCAGCCGCUUUACGCUGCCUUCGGGGUGGGCAGCGGGGUCGGGGUGGGCCUGGACUUCGCCCUCGGACAGUUCAGCUCCAGCUCUGACAGCGUCAAGAUCUGUCCCAUGUGAGGACGCAGGCUGGAGGGCAGAUCAGUGGGUAAUGCUGCAUUCACGUCAUCGGGACAGCAGACUUCAGAGUUUUGGAAGUGUUCAUGCUGAUCGAGCUCAUUCCACACUCCCAGGACACAAUGACUGAAAGCUUUUGUAAAAUGUGGCUACACGGGACCUCAUCUCCAUAAUUUAAAUGCACUUAAUGAAAGAAGUUUCUGUCCUGCACAAAAAGCAAACACUGCAUCGUUUACAGCCAUGCAUGCUAGCAGCUUGGCUCUAUGAAUAGCAAAGUCACUCCGUUGGUUGGUGCAGUAUGAAAUACCUCAGAACUACUGGAUGCAUUCCAAUGACAGUUUGUAGAGGCGUUCAUGGUCCCUCGGGGGGGAUCCUCUGGAGUUUGGUGAUCCCCUGACUUUCCCUCUAGUGCCGCAGCAGGGUUGACAUUUGUGGUUAAGAGUGGAAUAUCUUGACAAACGUUUCAUGGAUUGCUGUGAAGCACUGUGUCUAUAGCCAAAAGCAGACGUGAGAUUUAUUUUCUCAGUUUAAGACCGAAAACUCUUGUUGUUUCAAGUCAGGACAUAAAAAAAUCAGUUUGGAUCUUUUUCUGUAUGUGACAUCUUACCAAUUUUGGGGUCCACACUUUCUGCACAAGUUCUUCCACAGAACAUGAGUCAUAAUAAAGUAGUUGGCGAGUCA